AUGGUGGCUCCGGGUGCGAAGAAGCCACCAAGCUCUCGGCUGGAUGCAUCCGGCCAGGAGGCGCUAAAGGCGCGACACGAGGCUCUGGCGCUUGUGGAGGAGAAGUUCCGAGACUUUGAUGUGGUGUGGGCCAAGAUACAUGGCUUUCCGUGGUGGCCAGGUGUGCUCUUCCUCUCGUGGGAUGUUGUACGGCGUGCCGGUAUCCGCACGGACCCUAAGAUCAUGGCAUCACUAGUGGUUCCUCCUCCACAGAAGGUGCCAGUUCUGGACGCGACCACCGGCGAAGAGACGGGCGAGUUCCGCACAAAGCGCCACUGCCUCGUCAUGUUCCUGGACAAGUUCAACUUCUCGCUCGUAGAGAUCGAUCCGAGCAACGUGGCGAGCUUCACAGCACACUACCAGAUGUACGUGCACGCGGUGAUGGGUAGUAAGAGCGGCAAGUGGUCGAAGAAGAAGGGCGAGUUUAAGCGUGCACUCGCCAAGGCGACGCAGCUGCUGCACAUGGGUAAAAAUUACGUGGAAGAUGAUCUGGUGCUGCUGGAGGAGCCGAGUCAGGCCGAGAAGAAGCAACGUAUGGACGAGAUGGAGUCGUACGAGGAGGUGCGGGGAGAUGAAUCGCUGGACGACGCCUGGGACGACCGCGAGAGUGCAGAUGACGCAGCAUUUAGUGUGAAGGAGGAUAUGGCGGCAAGAGAGAAGAAUCCGGCGAGAAAAGCGACGAUACACAGGCUGCAGUUGUGUCGCGAUCACCGUCCCCAAUUGAUCUGA